CUGGGGUUUACGUCUAGGUAUGGGCUCCCCCGAGACUUGAUAACCAACAUGCUAGCCAAAGCAUGAAAUUGAAAAACUUUUCUUUUCAUUAUCUUAACUGCAUUUCAACUUUAACAUAUCGUUUAAUUGAAAUGAAACAUGAAAAUGAAAUUUGCAAUAUCAUGUUAACAUCACGGUGCUGUAAUACCUUUCAAAGUAUCCAAUUUUCUCAACAUUUUCUGCUUUCCCAUUUCAUGCACUGAAAGGCAAAUGUGCAGGAAAACUGAUUGCACAAUUUGUAGUGAACUUCUUCUAAAUUCGCAUUGACAGCAAAAGUCAUGUACUGAUGAAGAACGAGAUAUUCUAUUCUGGCAAACCUAUAAGGCAUGUAAUUCGCUAAAAGAAUAUGGAUUCGACUAGAGCAGCCCUAGAUUCGGCAAUCUUUCUGUCUUGCAGGGUAGGCUCUACUCAUACCCAACAAACUCUUCAUCAAAGUAAAUCCGUCUUUCCGAAAGGAACUUAUCACGCAACCCCGAUCUCUCCCGAAUUAUCCAAGAUUUGUACUGCGGAAGGCGAUCUUCUCCGAUUUCUCUGCUUUGGGUUCUCUGUCUAUUUGUCUCAAGGGGAACUCGAGUCUUUUGCCGGCUUAUUCAACAACCAAGAGAACUUUUGGAUGCAACUCCCUUCAGUCCGUCAGUUGUCAAACUCACUUACAAGUCUGAGGACUUCAGUUGCGAAGUAGUUCUCCCAGAGGUUGAUGAGGGCAAAAUAACAUGGUUGACCAGCAACAGGUGGUGAAUCUUGACAUCAUUUGCACGUACUCUCAGCGAAUUUGAGAGCUACAACAACAAGGAGAGGCAUCAGAAAAAUUUGCUUCAGCGCAAUUUUGGUUGCCCAUCAGUCACUGUUCCUGUUUGGACAAGGCAUCACUCGGCAAAUAGUCUCCGGCAAGAUGUCCAAUCUUCCUUUGUUUGAAGUGAUAGUCCACGGAUUUCUCAUCUGCAUUGUGAGCAUUAUUGGCUUGUUGGGCAACAUCAUUUGUUUGGCGGUGCUCAGCAAGGACGCCAUGAGGAACAGUAUCAACUGUCUCCUCAUGGGCGUGGCCAUCAUUGAUUUGGUCCUAAUCACCUCAGCCGGGGUCCUCUUUAGUCUGCCAACCUUAGAGACGUUUCUCGUGGAGCACCACGGAGUCUCUUACGGUUGGCUUGAUUUGUAUCGCUUCACCCCCUUGGUUUAUCCCAUGGCCAUGACAGCCCAAACUGCCUCAGUGUACUUGACCGUGGCCAUUGCCUUUGAGAGAUACAUCGUUGUGUGUCGACCUUUCCUCUCCAGACAAGUGUGUACCUUGGGGCGGUCUCAACGAUGCGUGGUGGCCAUCAUCAUCUGUUCAUUGCUUUACAACAUCACUCGCUUCUUCGAGUAUGAGCUUGUUCAAGAUACUGUGGAUUGGGACGGAAAUACUACCUUGGUCUAUCUGAGGAGCUCAGAGAUGCGUGAGAAUCCACUGUAUGUGAAGAUCUACAUCAACUGGAUGUACAUGGUGUUUAUGUACAUGCUUCCAUUCUCAAUCUUGUUGUUCUUGAACCUCCGGAUUGGAUGGGAGCUGCGCCGAGCUCGUUUGGCCCGGAUUCACAUGACCAGUGCGCAGAAGAAUGAGGAAGGGUGUGCCAUCAUGCUAAUCAUAGUGGUCAUGAUCUUCAUGUUGUUUAAUGCGCCCGCAAUGGUGUCCAAUAUCAUUGAAGCGUUUGGCUUCGAAGCAGUUGAGCUCACGCAGGUUUCAAAUCUUCUUGUGGUGGUGAACUCAUCAGUCAACAUAUUCGUGUAUAACAUUUUCAGUCGCAAAUUCAGACAGAUAUGCUUCGGUUUGUUGACCUGUGGUAGGAAUCCGCCUCUGUCACGCGUUCCUAGUGGACAAGAUCCUGGGCGUAAUGAUCCUAAGACCAGUUUGCGGAGACUGGCCAAAUUACAAACUUUGAAUGCUCACGAUGUGAUUGCUCGUGCUCAAAUCUCCACAUCGAGUGCUUCCAAAGACAACUAUGUUCAAAGUGUGAGUGUGGAGACCAUAGGAACCGGAACUCAAUCGUACCGUGGGGUAUUAACACGAUUAAGCUCGUACUCCAUCUAGAAAUCGAGAGCUUUUCAUUUUCGGCUCAAGCUCUGUCGAAAAUGCAAUACAACAACAGAUUAGAAGUGAGGACC